UACCAUUCCCCCCCAACAGCUUCUUGGUGUCUCAUGUGGUUAAGGAGAGUUUUGUCAGAAGAGAAAGACAUUACAUGUCGUUGUUGCGGCUGCAUGGAUCACCAGCAUUAGGUCCUACGUGCAAUUGUUUGCAGGGGAUUUGAAGGACUUAACGGGGAGUAACAAGUGCCCACAGAAGAUAUUGUUGGUCUACUUAUGGUCCAGAUAGACACCAUGUGCGAAGUCUAGUAAACCUAAAGGAAAAGAUGACAGUUGGUUCUGCUGCUGUGGAAGGAGUGCCCCCAUCUUUACUGAAGUGAUCCUUGGAGUAUUUAACUUAUUGUGUAUGUCUACUUCAGUGCAAUUUGAAGUAGAGCAAACGCGCUGAAUAAUAGCUACAAACUGUUUUGCCUCAGUUUGUAGCCUUUAGCUUUUUUUUUUUUUUUUUUUUAACAAGGAGUACUGAAAGCGAUCCUGGAGGCUCGGAUGCAUUUGUCAAUGGAUACCCUUGGAAUAGUGGAUGAUAGUGGACAUGGACUAGGGGACAAUUAUGACAUUGCAAAAGGUACUGGAUCAACAGCUGGAGGAAGAGUCCACAGCAUCGAUGUCAUUCUAGGAUUCACAAAAGACCAGGAACCUUUGCUCCAUUCGGUGGGAGGAGGAAACAGUGCAAAGGACUCUGGAGCAAACGCACAGGAUCCUGGAAAGCAGGUCCCGUCAGACCCAUACGGACACCUAUCAGAACUAGGGGACAACUCCCAGCACUCUGCUUACCAUGAGUCUGACCUAUUUUCCAGUGACAAGUGUGAUGGAGAAAUAAACAACCUGCACAAGGAAGAUGAUGCUGCUGAGGACUCUCCAGAGUCAACAAAAGAAGAGGAACACUCUAAAAAAAAGCACAGAAGAAAUCGUACAACCUUCACUACGUAUCAGCUUCAUGAGCUGGAGAGAGCCUUUGAGAAGUCCCACUACCCGGAUGUCUACAGUCGAGAGGAACUGGCUAUGAAAGUCAAUUUGCCUGAGGUUCGAGUUCAGGUGUGGUUUCAGAACCGAAGAGCAAAGUGGAGACGUCAAGAAAAGAUGGACACAGGAACCAUGAAACUGCAUGAUUCUCCAAUGCUGUCUUUCAAUCGCCCUCCAAUGCCUCCAAACAUGGGCCCAGUGGCCAACCCAAUGCCGCUGGAUCCUUGGCUAAGUUCGCCUAUUUCCAGUGCCACGCCCAUGCACAGCAUUCCAGGAUUUAUGGGCUCACCGCAGACACUGCAGCCUACAUACUCUAGCCACAGCUUCCUCAACAGCCCACCUGGCAUGGUCCAAGGAAUGCAGCCCAUGGGUCCACCUCCUUAUCCAUGCCCACCAACCUUCAACGAUAAGUAUCCCAUAGAGGAUGAUAGGAGCUCCAGCAUUGCCGCGCUCAGGAUGAAGGCUAAAGAGCACAUUCAGUCGAUGGAUAAAACUUGGCAGCACAUGUGAUGUGCUGUCUAAUGUGAAUGGACAUCCCUCUUGCGAGUGCUAAAAGACUGUUUGAUUUAAAUACCAUUCAAGGUGUGUGAUACCAAAGAUGUAAAGAACUAAAUCUGAAGGGGAUUUUUUAAAUGUCUUUAUUAAAUACAACCACCUCUUAGGAGAUUGGUAAAACGUAUUGGGCUCGUUUACUUUGGUUCUAGCCAAUCACAAUGUCAAGUAUAGAUUCUCAAAUUGAAAAGGCCAUAAAUGUGUAUGUCUUUAUUAAAGAUUGUAUCUGCAUCUAGAUAUAUGAACUAAUGUAAGACUAGAGCCGUCUUGUCAGGGGUAGUAGUUUUACAAAAGAUUUUAUUGAACAAACUAAUGUUUGAUGACAUAUCUGAGUUGUGUUUUAAGUGUUUUGUUUAUUAAAACAUAAAUGUAGUGUUUCCAAAGCUUCCUGAAAAUAUUUAGCAAGAAACUCUAAUAUGAUAAUAUUCUUAAAUAUCCAAGGAAUUCGGCUGUUUAUGUUUUGUUUGGCUGUUAAAAUGUGACUGUUUUUAUAUCCUGUAACUUUUCAGAGGAUUUGUGCAAGACAAUAGAAUCCUGUCUUAUUAAAAAACAAACAAACACGGUUUAUCCUUUACAGUUCCUUCAGAAAACAACAGUCAGAGUUCAUGCAAGAUUGAGUUUGCAGGUAAUCCCUUUAUUUAUAAUAUAUAGCUAUAUUUGGACUUUCAUCAGUGGUGGUGUCGCCCUUCGUAGCUAAAAGGGCCAUUGAUCAUUACAUAAAAACUGGCUUUGGAGGAUUUCUGGGUCACACUUCUUUGCAUAGUUGUUUUUUUGUAGCUACAUCAAAGCCAAUUGGAUCAUGUGGUCUGUGUAAGAUCAUGCCACAACAUCUCAACAGGAUUUAAAUCUGAAGUAUUUAUCGGCAGCUCCAAAACUUUCGUCUUAUUCUUUUGAGCUACUUAAAUUAGGAAUUGCUGUCAUGCUGUAGAUCCAUAUGUUGCUACAUUGCCCAACUGUGUUUGAGCUUAAUAAAAAUAAUAACUAAAAGAAUUCCAGGAAAUGUUUGGAGGUGGCUAUCACUUUGUGCAUAGUUGUUGAACCAGAGCCAAAGAUUCUGAGGAAGGGUUAGGUUUACUAUAUAUCCAGUAUGAGGGUAAAACUAUAAGGAACCUUAAGAACAGUAAAACUGAGCGUGUGUCUGUGCCAAGAUGUUCCCCGACUGUGUGUAAAACAGAAUCCAGAUUUAAUUAUGCAAUGUGAAAUCAUUCCCACAGGCUUAAAAUUUGUGUAUAAAAUAUAUCAGGCCAAUGAAACAUAGUUUCAAAUAAUGUGGGCACACAUGAUCCUGAAGGGAUAAAUACAUGGUAAAAUGAUAGGUUUCAUUUAAAAGAAUAUUAUUGCAGUUCAUGUUCCAAACUGAUUUUGUUCUAUUUAUAGCAUUGAGACACAAACUUUAAUUAUAUACUAAGUCAAAUGUGAGGGCUUUUAUUUUGUAGAGCAUUUUUAUGUCUUCUUGUCAUACAGUACAAAUCUAGUAUAGUUGUUAUGUUUAGGAAAAUAUAAGAUCCCUCUCAUAUAUGAGGAAUAUUUUGCUUUAAAUUAAUCACAUUGUAUUCUAUUUUGAGCAUACCAGUUACAUAUUAAAUACUACAAAGUGAUGCCUUUAUUUUGACAUGUCCGGUAGUUUUUCUUUUUUAAAGGCUAUAUUUAAAGCCUGUUUUGUAGAGGGGAAUUAGGUUUUAAUUCAAAACUCAACACUAGCUUUUUAUCUCUAGUUAAAUAAUUAUAUAGGACUUCCUUUCCCAAUAAAGUGUAACAUAAAUUUGUAAAGGUUUCUCUGAUUAGAAUCUUUGAACUUUACUUUGACAAACUGGACUGCUCUGUUUAGACCAACUUGGAACUCACCAUACUGGCACAUUUAUAUUCAAAAAUUCAUUGUAACUCCUCCUGGAGCAAUGCUGACUAAACGUAAAUGAUUGUGCUCUUCAAAGAACUUUGUGUGAUUUUGGCCCUUAACAACCUGGCUCAUCCUCUAUCGUGGUCAAUUUUAUAUUUUCUUUAUUCCCAAUAAUAAGAUUGGACAAUGUAAAGAAAGUUUGUACCUUCUGGAUUUCUGCUGAAAUACUGUAAAUCCAUCUAACAGUUUGAGAAUUCUGUGGCUGUUUUUUUUUUUAUCAGGAUGGAUUUCACAGAAAACCGCAGGAAGGAGAGGAAAAACAGAGCCUUAUAUCUACAAACUGGUCAUAAAGAUCUGACUGUAAAGUGAAAUUUCUGCCAGUAAGUGUGUUAAAAAAAUCUGUUUCCCUAAAAUAGAUUCUUCUUAUUAUCUGCCAGACUUAAUAUCUGCAGCUGCAACACAUUUCAGAUCCGUUCUAACAGUAACUUGCAGGGCGUUUUUUUUUUUUCUUCUAACUUUGUCUUUUGAAUAUUUUUCCUUUCUUUGGAUAAAAAAAAAAAAAAAACAUUAAGUGAGAGAAACUCAGAUCAUAUGACGGACACCAUGUUCUCAUCUUUUGCAACAAUCUUAAAUAAACCUAACUGAGGUAUUUUCAGUUCUUGGAAAAUCAAAUUUUUCCACUACUAACUUGGGACUGUAAGAUAUAUCUCUUGACUGUCCAAGGACUUCGUUCAACCAGCAUCAGGUUCCAACCCGAAGACAAGGCUCCAGCCUUAAGAGAAGAAGCCCAUUAGAGAAAUAAGGCUCAACCUUGGCACCGUAUUCUCCAGUGUUGGGACCCACAAACUCAAAUUAAUACAUGGUGGUGAGACACUCACUCAGUGAGUGAUUUUUUAUUUAUUUUUUUUCUGGAACAAGGGUGAACUAGGAUUCAGAAAGGUACAAUCUUAGAGGUUAAAAUUCCUUUGUAACAUAAUAAUGGGUCCUCUUUAACUUUUUGUUAUGGUUCUUAUUUGUUGUGACUCUGAGUUUUCAAUUUUCUGUUAUCAGUUGUUUUGUUUUUAUUUUCCAUGAUCUUCAAGCAUUCUUUAGUUACUCUCUGUUGCCCCCUUGUGAUUGUUUUCUUUCCCCUUGGAUUCCCUCUUGCCAGUUCCACCCACACCUGCUCCUCAUUCAGCUCAUUAGUCCAUCCUUUUGUUUGGUUCUCCUUAAAUACUCCACCUCUGCAGUCACUCAGUGCUGGUUCCUUCUUGUUGCUGCUGUAUUGUCUACUCUGCUUGUCUCUCCCCGGCUCCUCAGACUCGUUUUUCCCUUGAUGUCUCAAUGAUUUUGAUUUGUUUUAUUUUUUAAGUUGAAUUUCAGGAUUUCUACCUUUGCUGCUAUUUG